AUGUCAUCCUUAAGGAAUGCUAUUCCUAGAAAGGCUCACAAGGAGAGAGCACAACCGCAAGCGAGGAAGAAAUUUGGACUGCUUGAGAAGCAUAAAGACUAUGUUAACCGUGCUAAAGCUUUUCACAAAAAAGAGGAAACUUUAAGGAGGCUUAAAGAGAAAGCAGCAUCGAGAAAUCCUGAUGAGUUUUACUUCGGAAUGAUUAAGAGCAGAACAGUUGAUGGAGUUCAUCGGCCACAGAUUGAAGCCAACAAAUAUACCCAAGAAGAACUCAUGUUGAUGAAGACGCAAGAUAUUGGAUAUAUCCUUCAAAAAGCACAAAGUGAGAAAAAGAAAAUUGAAAAGCUAACUGCCACGUUGCACUCGCUGGAUAGCAGACCAUCGAACAAGCAUAUUUAUUAUGCUGAAGAUAGGGAGGAGGCUAAAGAAAUAAGGUCACGAUCUUCAGAAAAUAAUAUGGCAACUACUUCUGUGGACGUCCCUGAUAAUAUCAAAAGGAAAAUUGCCAGUUCCUACAGAGAGCUUGAGGCCCGGAAGUCCCGAGCAAAUCAGUUGGAGAAAAUAUAUAUGGAUAUGGCAUUGCAGAAGGAAUUACAGAAAAAGGGACAAAAGCGCAAACUGCGUGAAGAUGAGAUUGUCUGUCCAAGUACCAAACCAGUAUUCAAGUGGCGUUCAGAACGAAAGCGGUGA